AGUCCGCGUCUCAGCGGCGUGUGAGGGCUUAUGAAAUCUCAGGAUGUCGGCGCUGCUUGGUAUAUUCGGAAUGCAAAGCCCCUUCAGUGUUCGGUGAUCUGAAUCAAAAGCAGAAAGCGUUGGAAGUGGCCGGACGGCAUCGUAAAAGAGAAGCCAAGUUCUUGCUAGUGACCACUCAUGCAAGGCUAAGUACAGAAAUCUGGAAUCUGGCUUUCAGCUGCACUUUGCUUCUUCUAACAUUAAUGCCACACCAAUGGACUUGGUGCUGGAACUCAGACACAUGAAUCUGCAGUUCUAAUAUGCGGACUACCAGCUACCUGCUUCCAUACAGAAGGAAGUAUUUUCUGGUUCUGAAUAAAGUUAGCCAAUGAGAGUGCAGCUGCGAUCCAUUUUGACAGUGUCAGCCAGCACUGAGCUGUAACAGUACUCCACAGGCAAGACACCGUUGCCAUGGAUGAUUCAUCUUUUUAUGAGGAAGUUGUCAGAUCCCCAUCACCCAGCAGAAUGGAACAAAAACAAAGAAAAGCAAUUGAGGAACUGGUUACAUCGGAAAAGCGCUAUCUUACUUUACUUCAAUUGUGUGCAACAGAUAUUCGGGAUCAUUUGCAAUCCAAACAGGUGCCAGAUCUAGAUCUGGAAGGCUUGUUUGGAAAUAUUGAUGAUGUAAUACUUGUAUCCUCCAACCUACUCAAACAUCUGGAAGGAACAGCUACUGGAAAAUCUGACCAACUUCUCCUGAUAAGUAGUGUGUUCCUCACCUUUAAACAAGAACUGGAAGAUGCAUACAAAGUGUAUUGUGUCAACUAUGACAAUAUCCUCCUACUGGAAUCAAUGUAUAAGAAGAAUGAACAUAUUUGGAAAGAAAUUAUGGAAACUCUGACUGCAGUAAGGUCAGACACUGGUGCCAUGACAUUGACUUUCUACUUGGUGAUGCCAGUCCAGAGGAUCUUCAAAUAUCAACUGCUUUUAGAAAGUAUGUUGAAAAAUACACCACAAUCAGAUGAAGGUUAUGCUGCACUAGAGAAAGCUAUCAAUGCCAUGCAAGAAGUUAACAUUAAUAUCAAUGAAUACAAGGGACUACGAGAAGUAGCAAACAAAUAUAUCAAAGCGGAAACUCUUUCUAUAAAGGAUUCAAUAUGCAGAAUAAACACGCAUUCCAUAGCAAAGAAGGCAUCCAGACUCAGUCAAGUUAUUAAGCAUGAAGCUGGAAUUCUUCCAAAAACUACAGACAAAGAUUAUGAUGAUUUGGUGAUGCUUUUCAACCUAAUACAAAAAGAUGUAACAACAUUGAAGAAAAACACAGGGAAUUACAUAACAAAUGUGGAGCAUUUUCAAUGUUUAAACCCAUACCAAGACUUUCCUGAUCUAGUGGAUGAAAAUGAUGCUGCCUGCUAUCGGCCGUUUAUUGAAAAACUGUACAAGCAAGUAAUUCCUGAAUUCAAGAGAAGAAUGGAGGCCAUCAUUUAUGAGCCGCUCUGCGCCCUUGCGAGUUUGUUCAGCGGUCCGCAACAACUGCUCAGAAAGCAUAAAGAUAAAAUGUUAGACUAUGAGAAAGUUCAGGAGAAAAUAAAGCAAGAAGGUGGUGCAUCUUAUGAUGAGAAGGCUGUUGAGAAGACAUAUGAAAUACUGCACUCUUUAUUACUUUCUGAAUUGCCUAGAUUUAACAGAAUUGUACUACAGCUGCAAGCUCAGAUUCUACAAACAAUCAUCUAUGUCCAUUAUGACUUGGCCAAUAACAUCCUUGAAUUAAUCAGUCAACAUCUGCAUGAGUUUCCAUCGAGCCACAAAGUCAACUUUUGGCAACAAGCUGAAGAAACAUUGCAGAAGUCAGAUGUAAAGCUAGAAGAAUUCUGCCAGAUAUUUGAAUCAAUUUUGGAACAACUCAUUGAACAGCCUGUUAAUCAAGAAAAACUAGCCAGUCUUUUGAAAAAAUACGGUCCCAGUAAAAUAUACCUAGUUACCAGCAAUAUUUCUGGAAACAAAGGUCUUGAUCUGACACUUCAAAGGGGUGAUUUAGUAGCAGUUCUUCAAAGUGCAGAUACUAAAGGAAAGACGAACAGAUGGCUUGUGGAUUCAGGAGGUCAAAGAGGAUUUGUACCUGCAGAAAAAUUGAGCCUGUAUCAAUCCACAGAAGAACCUGGUGGAACUAAAGAGUUACUUAGUUCGUCACUUGUUGAUGUUGGUGAUGGAACAAACUCCAGAAGAAGUUCUUGUCAUUUGCCUGUUGUUCCUCCACAGUCAAUACAGUAUCAAGUUAUUGCAGCAUACCAUUUUGCUGCAAGAGGACCCCAUGAAGCCAAUUUACAGCCUGGAGAUGCAGUAACCAUACUGGAAGCUCAUGAUAAGGGAGGAAGUACAGAAUGGUAUCUUGUAGAAGUAAAUGGACAAAGAGGAUAUGUACCUUCAAAUUACUUGAUGAAAGGGCCUGUGACUGGAGUGAGGAACUCAUUUGCACUGUAAUACUUAUUAUCUUAAAAUGAUUUUGAAAAGUUGCACUAAAUUGCCUUGAAUGCAAUUUUUGUUGUAGCAAGAGUCAUGAAGAAUUGUGAAUUACUAUAUUUAAUGUGCUAUGUGUAAUGCAAUAUGAGAAUAUUUUAGAUAGUGAAAACAUUUUGUGACAUAUAUUUAAAUUUAUUGGUAUAUUAUUUUUAAAGAAUAUAGUUUUGUUUAUUUUGAGAAAUAUAAUUACAAAUAAUUAUCAGAGUAGUUAUAUAUUUUAGGAAUUUUCAGUCAGAUUUCAAAUUGUAUUAUCUCCCAUAGGUUAAUGUUAGUGUUUAAAUAUGGCACCCCGGAAUAUGAAAUGCACAUUUGACUUGUGCACUUUUAAACUUAUGUUCAGAAUAAAUAGAGAAAAGUCUAGGCAGAUUUGUUUAUGAUCAUACAAAUGCUAACUGCUCAGUUUCAAAUAAAUUAUUCUGCAUUUGUUAACUUCCUGAAGGGUAUUUUACAAAACUUAACUGGAUAGCGCCCUGAAUCUUCAGAGAAAUUCCUGAACAGUUCACAUGAAGAAAUUAUUUCUAGAAAACUGAAGUACAUAACUUGUUAAAGUAACAUAGUAGAAGUUUUCCUUUUUAAACUAAGUUGUGUUAUUAGGAGCCAGGGUAGGUUUCAUGCUUUUGUUACUUAAGAUUUUAAGUGCUGCAUUUCUAAAUGCUGGCAUCUUGGAAUUUGAUGAAUAAACUAAGUUAUUCUCAGAAGGUCAUUAGCCAAUUGAAGAAUUAUACUUAAGAUCAAUUUGAAGUAUUUUCCUGUAUGUAUCUGUAUGCUUGCACUUAAUUAUGUUUAUAAAUUAACUGUAAAAGGAUAUUAUGUAGAACACAUUUGUACUUCAAAAUAUUGAUUGUUGUUAAAAUUAGAGGAUGAGAAAAGAACUAUAAGCUGUUGGAAUCAAAUAGUAAUUGAAAAGUAAAGAUAAGUAAAUGUUGGAAAUCUGAAAUGUAAAUGCAGGAGGCCAGAAGGCAUAAGUGGAAAGAGACAUAGAAUGGAUCCCUGACACAGUCAGGGAUAUGACUUUAAAUCUAAAAUGUUAAUCUACCUCCACAGACAUCUCCUGAGCUGCUGUUUCAGUUCAAAACCCCAUUUUAGUAAUUUCAGAAAAAAAGAUCCAAUUCCAUGUUGUACAUUUACCUUGGAAAAUAUCUCCACUAAUUAUGGUCAAUCAUAAUACAAUAACCUUUUAUAAAAGACAGGCUUAUUCUGAACAGUAUAUUUGUAAGUCAUGAACUCACUUUUGAGCUUAAUUUGACCAAAUAUUCCUACAAUCUGCUUCACCAACUUUGACCAUCCCCCUUAAGCAUUUCCCAUCUUUUAUUUUAAAUAUCUGAUGACCAUUUUACUUUAUUCUUUCUUUGCUUUAAAUACUUCUAUGAUAUAUGUGGCUGUCUGUUACAUUGCCAUAGAUUAUCAUUGAUAAAUGCUAUUAUUUAAUAUUUAAAUUAAUUUUUUAUUACUGUAUUGACUUCUUCAGUAUAAAACUGUUAAUGAACAAUUUUGUACUUUCCCUUUUGUUUGAAUAGUGGAUCAGUCAUAAUUUAUUUCCAGAAUUUGCAGUGAUAAUAGUGAAACCAUUAAUUCUCUUUAUUAUAAUGGAAGAAAUCUGACAGCAAGUUCUGGGGUUUGCACGUGAACAGUCAAACACACAACUCGAAUUUCAGGCUUUUCUCCAGUUGCACUUGUUUUAUCUGUACAGUAUAUAAUUUGCAAUUUGCCAAGAUUUUCAAAGGUCACCAAAUAGACACGGUGUAAUAAAGUGAAAAUGACAUGUCUCAUACACUGGGGUAUUACUGAAUAAUUAAUAGUUAAAAAUUAUAAAACACUAUAGCCCAUUAUGAAGCUUUAUAAUGAUCCGAUUGCUAUUCCUUCAGAGUUCUAUGGUUUUCAAAGUCAAAAGAAAAUGCAUAGGUUGUGUUUAAAAUAGAGUCCAAAAUACGGUAAUACAAAUGUUCCAAUAUUUAUUUUGUUCACUAAAUAAAAAGUAAUGCUCACUAUCAUCCUU